AUGUACCAGCAGUUGCAGGCAAUGCAAUUUGCUUUAGAAGAGAUCAAUGGACGUCCAGAUAUUCUCCCGAACAUCACAUUGGGUUUUGUUGCCUUCGAUUCCUGUGCUGCUCUACGAAAGGAACUUGAGGGAACCUUGUGGAUGUUAACAGGAUGGAGCAUGCCUAUACCAAACUACUGCUGCCUCGAAAACCUACCUCUUGCCGCAGUCCUUGGUCAUUCCAUGUCAACAUCUUCAAUUCUGAUGGCUCACAUAUUGGGACUAUAUAGAUAUCCACAGAUAAGUCAUUUUUCUACUAGCUCUAUGCUAAGUGACCGAAUGCAGUUUCCGUCCUUCUUCCGAACAGUCCCCAGUGAUACUUUUCAAUCAAAGGGGUUAGCCCACCUGAUUUUGCACUUUGAAUGGAAAUGGGUUGGGGUGGUUGCUUUAGGAAGUGAUUAUGGAUAUGAAGGUGCUCGACUAGUUAAACAGGAGAUACUCAAAGCUGGAGCUUGUGUGGCCUUUACCGAGUUCAUUCUGGCCAAUAAUGCUGACAGAAACAUUCCUCAAGUGAUCAGAGUCAUUAAGGCAUCAACAGCAAAAGCUGUGCUUGUUUUCGCCAAGGACAUAUUUGUUGCCAUAAUGUUAAAUGAGAUGAUGAACCAGAAUGUUACUGGGAAGAUUUUUGUGGCCAGUGAGGCCUGGUCAACCUCAACAAUUUUAGAAGCAGAAAAAUACUCCAUGUUGCUCCCAGGAUCUAUUGGGUUUGCUUUCCAUAGCUCAAUCAUUCCCGGAUUUAAACAAUAUUUAAACAAUAUCAAGCCUAAUUUAUCCAAAAAUUCAGAUACAACCUUGAGUAAAAUAUUUUGGGAAAAAACUUUUGGAUGCAAGUUCUUAAAUGUGAUGGAUGAGCCACAGUCACUGGUUAACGCAAGCAAGAUCUGUACAGGACUUGAAGACCUCAGUAAAGUUCAUAAUGCCUACACUGAUGUGUCUGGUUUAAGAGGUUCAUUGAGUAUUUACACUUCUGUUCAGGUCAUAGCAAAAUCUCUUCAUGACAUGAGAACCUGUUUGGAAGGUAGAGGACCCUUCCAUAAUGGGAGCUGUGCAGACAUAUACCACAUCAAGCCUUGGCAGCUGAAACACUACAUACAAAAUGUAAAUGUAAAACUGAGCGAUGGGAGAGAAGUCUUCUUUGAUGAGAAUGGGGAUCUCCCAGCAGUAUACGACAUUGUAAGCUGGCAGCUGGGAAGUAAUGGGACCAUGAAAAGAGUAAAGGUUGGAAGCUACGAUACAGCAGCCACUGAUGGAAAUAUCUUCACUAUUAACAUUAGUGCUGUCGUGUGGCCUUCAGGCGUUGGGCAGGUUCCAAUAUCUGUCUGUAGUGAGAGCUGUCCUCCAGGUUUCAGAAGAGUUGUGAGACGAGGGGAGCCUGUCUGUUGUUUCCAGUGUGUCCCAUGUCCUAGUGGGGAAAUCUCUAAUAAAACCGAUUUAGAUGAUUGUUACACAUGUCCAUGGAACUUGUGGCCCAAUUCUCAAAAAAACAAGUGCAUCCCAAAGACUAUUGAGUUCCUUUCUUCUGAAGGACCAUUGGGGUCUGCCUUGACUGCUGCAGCCAUAUCAUCUUCUGUUAUUACACUUUUUAUCUUGUAUCUUUUCUUUCAUUUCAGAAGCACCCCUAUCAUUAGGGCAAAUAACUACUCUUUAAGUUGUCUUCUUCUAUGUUCUAUAUUUCUUUGCUUCCUGUGCUCUAUAAAUUUUAUUGGUUACCCCGAAGCUGUGAAAUGUCUUCUGAGACAGGUGAUAUUUGGUAUGGUCUUUGCUAUUUGUAUCUCUACCAUUUUGGCCAAGACCAUCUUGGUUGUUUUUGCUUUUAUGGCUACGAAGCCUGAUAGUAAGCUCAGAAGGUGGACAAGUCGUUGGGUGUCCUACGUGAUCAUCUUUCUUUGCUCACUUGUGCAGCUGCUGCUUUGUGUUAUUUGGUUGUCUUUCUCACCUCCGUUUCCAGAAUACAACAUACAUUCCCAACCCGGUGUUAUUAUUGCUGAGUGUAAUGAAGGCUCCUUAGCUGCCUUCUGGUGCAUGUUGGGGUAUCUUGGUUUGUUGUCAUCAAUAAGCCUUAUUGUAGCCUUUUUGACCAGGAGACUCCCUGACAGCUUCAAUGAAGCCAAAUUUAUCACUUUUAGCAUAUUAGCUUUUCUCAGUGUCUGGGUGUCCUUCAUCCCAGCCACUCUUAGUGCUAGGGGCCAAUACAUUAUAGCCAUGGAGGUCUUUGCAAUCUUAUCUUCCAGUUGGGCUCUUGUGUUCUGUAUGUUCCUUCCUAAAUGUUUCAUCAUAAUAUUCCAACCCAAUAUGAACUCCAAGGAAUAUUUAAUGGGCAAAGACAAAGCAGGAACAAAGGCAUAA